AUGUACUCUCGAGCUGGGAUCGUUGCCUCUCUGCUUUUUGGUUCAUUUGCUGCCGCCGAUUACGAUGCGGACUCGCACGGUCAACAUGUUCUCAUAGGGCCAUCUGCCGAACCGACGGGCAGCAGUACGCAGCCCAACAUCAUAUUCAUUCUCACCGACGACCAGGAUCUUCACAUGGACUCGCUCAAUUAUAUGCCGUAUCUCCAAGAGCACCUCAUCCACAAAGGCACGUCCUUCAAAAGACACUUUUGUACUACGGCAAUCUGCUGCCCCUCUCGUGUAUCACUCUGGACCGGAAUGCUUGCUCACAAUACGAAUGUCACCGAUGUCAACCCUCCGUACGGGGGGUACCCGAAAUUCCUCUCUCAAGGCUUGAAUGAGAAUUACCUGCCGCUCUGGCUACAGGAAGCUGGAUACAACACUUACUAUACCGGCAAGCUCUUCAAUGCACACAACGUAGAGAACUACAACAGCCCCUACGCAGCUGGCUGGAACCAGUCUGACUUCUUACUGGACCCACACACGUACGACUACCUCAAUGCCACCUACCAGCGGAACCGAGAUGCGCCAGUCAGCCAUGAAGGGCAACACACCAUCGACGUAUUGACGGCCAAGUCGUACGGACUGUUGGAUGACGCCGUGAAACAAGACAAGCCGUUCUUCCUUGGUAUCGCUCCGGUGGCUCCCCACAGCAACCUCCAUCUGAAAGAUGGCAAAGGCGAUCUGAACAACAAUACAGACGUGGGCCUGCUCGAGAUCACGCCUCCUAUCCCAGCAGAGCGUCACAGACAUCUUUUCAAGGAUGCUCAAGUCCCUCGCACCCCCAAUUUCAACCCUGACCAGCCCUCCGGUGCCAACUGGAUCAGGCAGCGAGAGCAGCUGACACAAGAGAAUGUGGAUUUCAUUGAUCACUUCUACCGCGAGCGUCUUCGAGCCCUGCAGUCUGUGGACGAGCUCGUCGAUGGUCUCUUCCAGAAACUGGCGGCGUACGACCUCUUGGACAACACUUAUAUCUUCUAUACCACGGACAACGGGUUUCAUCUUAGCCAACACCGUCUUCAGCCUGGGAAGGAGUGCAGUUUCGAAGAGGAUAUCAACGUUCCGCUCAUCGUUCGGGGUCCAAACGUCCCACAGGGCGAGGUCAGCGAAAUCGUCACCACACACAUUGAUCUAGCCCCUACCAUUCUGGGCCUUGCCGGCGCUCCACUGAGGAGCACUUUCGACGGAGAAGCUGUCCCGCUGACCUCGGAGGGCCUGAAAGACGCCGAGACCACCCGCCACGAGCACGUCACUGUCGAGUUCUGGGGCAUCGCCGUGUUCGAAGGCGUCAAAAAUUUCACGGAUGAUAUUUUGAUUGUCAACAAUACUUAUAAAGCCGUUCGCAUCAUUAGCGAUUCGUACAACUUGCUUUACACCGUUUGGUGCACAAACGAGCACGAGCUCUACGACCUCACGACUGAUCCAUAUCAAAUGCAUAACCUCCUACAUGAGGACGAGCAGGCGUUCGCACCCACGCAACUUCUCGGCGUGCCAAUGGGGAAGGUUGUUGACAGGCUCGACUCGCUCUUGUUUGUGCUCAAAUCAUGCAAGGGACAGACCUGUGUGAAGCCGUGGCACGCUCUUCACCCCCAAGGCAAUGUUGGGAAUCUCAAGGAUGCGCUCUCGUCCAAAUUCGACCAGUUCUACAUCCAGCAGCGACGGAUCGAGUAUGACCACUGUGCUAUGGGGUACAUUGUGGGCUCUGAAGGGCCGCAAUUUGAGAAGGACGGCUAUGUGUACCGACAGGGCAUACCGUGGCACGAGUGGGUGUAG